GUCUCCUGCCCCUUCAGAUCAGCCUUCCUGCCUAGACUUCUCCCCUCUUCAUUCUAAAAAGGCGCAAAAAGAGCAGCAUUCUGUUUUGGUUUUGGUUUUUAUUUUUUUCGAACAAAGAGAAAACCUGGGCCUUGAAGCUUUUUCUCAUGGAGCCUAAGCUCUUAGAGGUACCCCAGCGCUCAUUCCCACAUCAGCUCAAGACUCCUCCGAGUUCACUUCACCAGGCUGGGGACAGAACCGGCAAAAAUCUUCCUGCUCGGCAAGUUAACUUGGCCUCGGCCAAGAACCAGAGGCCAGAGUGACAGGGUGCCAUCUCGAGGGCCUGCAGCUUCUCCCUGGGGCCCUAGACAGCAAGGUAGGGGCUGGGAUGCCCCGAACCCGGGCUUGGGGAGAGGCUGUGGCGGAGCAGGCGCCCUAGAGCAGGGUCUCCGGGGUCCCGGGAACAGUCACGUGUUCCCGAGGCGCCUCUAAAACCCCCGCUGCUCCCCGCUCCUUCCUCCCUACCCCCACCACAUCCCCACCGCCACCUCCAGGUGCUCCCCCUGCAGUCGCCGCCGCCCGGGCGCAGAAGCGACCGCGUUCCCGGGAGCUGAGGCACCAGCACCCGCCCGGGCGCCCCGAGAGCUAUAAUAUGGAUUUAGAACUCCAGGAGUUUUAUAACAAGACCCCUGCCACUGAGAACAAUACUGCUGCCACUCGGAAUUCUGAUUUCCCCAUCUGGGAUGACUAUAAAAGCAGUGUGGAUGACUUGCAGUAUUUUCUGAUUGGACUUUAUACGUUUGUAAGUCUUCUUGGUUUUAUGGGCAAUCUACUUAUUUUAAUGGCUCUCAUGAGAAAGCGUAAUCAGAAGACGACGGUCAACUUCCUCAUAGGAAAUUUGGCCUUCUCUGAUAUUUUGGUUGUGCUGUUUUGCUCCCCUUUUACACUGACCUCUGUCCUGCUGGAUCAGUGGAUGUUUGGCAAAGUCAUGUGUCAUAUUAUGCCUUUUCUUCAAUGCGUGUCCGUUCUGGUCUCAACUUUAAUUCUGAUAUCAAUUGCCAUUGUCAGGUAUCACAUGAUAAAACACCCUAUAUCUAACAAUUUAACAGCAAAUCAUGGCUACUUCCUGAUUGCUACCGUCUGGACACUAGGUUUUGCAAUCUGUUCUCCCCUUCCAGUGUUUCACAGUCUGGUGGAACUUCAGGAAACGUUUGGUUCAGCACUGCUGAGCAGCAGAUAUUUAUGUGUUGAGUCGUGGCCAUCUGAUUCAUACAGAAUUGCUUUUACUAUCUCUUUAUUGCUAGUGCAGUAUAUUCUUCCCUUGGUGUGUCUCACUGUAAGUCACACCAGUGUCUGCAGGAGUAUAAGCUGUGGGUUGUCCAACAAAGAAAACAAACUAGAAGAAAAUGAGAUGAUCAACUUAACUCUUCAUCCAUUCAAGAAGAGUGGGCCUCAGGUGAAAAUUGCUAGCAACCAUAAAUGGAGCUAUUCAUUCAUCAGAAAACACAGAAGAAGAUACAGCAAGAAGACAGCCUGUGUGUUACCUGCUCCAGCAAGACCUCCUCAAGAGAACCACUCAAGAAUGCUUCCAGAAAACUUUGGUUCCGUAAAAAAUCAGCCCUCUUCAUCCAGUAAGUUCAUACCAAGGGUCCCCACCUGCUUUGAGAUGAAACCUGAAGAAAACUCAGAUGUUCAUGAAAUGAGAGUAAACCGUUCUAUCAUGAGAAUCAAAAAGAGAUCUCGAAGUGUUUUCUAUAGACUGACCAUACUGAUACUAGUGUUUGCUGUUAGCUGGAUGCCCCUACACCUUUUCCAUGUGGUAACUGAUUUUAAUGAUAACCUUAUUUCAAACAGGCAUUUCAAGUUGGUGUAUUGCAUUUGUCAUUUGUUAGGCAUGAUGUCCUGUUGCCUUAAUCCUAUUCUGUAUGGCUUUCUUAAUAAUGGGAUCAAAGCUGAUUUGAUUUCCCUGAUACAAUGUCUUCAUAUGUCAUAAUUCUGAAUGUUUACCGAGGAAAGAAUAAAUGUUGAGACCAUCUAAAUCAUAUUCACAAUAACUCUGUAUGUAAAUUAAAUAAAUUUUAGUAACAUGAAAUUGAAUUUAUGUAACAGAGUUCUGAAUUUGAAUGUCAGUUCAUAAUAUGUGGAAAAUAACUUUAAUGUGUUAUAUAUAAUAUGAUGAAUUCAUUUAGUUGUAUAAAGUUGGUGUCAAUGCAAUCUAUAAUUUCACUUUAAGAAGUAGUUGUAUUAACGUUUAUUUCAUCUUGUCUUGUAAACAAAUGAAUUGUAACUUUUGUUUAAAAUAAAAGUUGUAUCUAACCUACUCUGUAUUUUUGGUUCAAAAUUAU